AUGGAGCCCAGGAGACGAGAGCGGCGCGCCAUCGCCGUCGUCGGUGCGGCAGCGCUCGUCGCCGUCGGCCUCAACAUCGCCUUGUCCGCCGUCGCCGCCCACCGUCGGAGGAAACGACGAGAGCUUCCAGGGUUUACUGCUCAAGUCAAUCUGUCAGCAGCUGAGAUUAAAAGAAUAGCUGACCGUAUCAUCUCUAAGUCAAAGGAAACAUAUGAUUCAGUGGCCACGGUGCCCCUAGAUAAAGUCAGUUUUGCAAAUGUCAUUGCACCAUUGGCAGAAUUAGAUGCACUGCAAUUUCCUCUGGUUCAAGCUUGUGUUCUUCCUAGGAUGGUAUCACCAUCUGAGGAUGUUCGCAAGGCAAGUGCUGAAGCAGAGAAGCUAUUGGAUUCCCACUUUGUGCUGUGCAGGCAGCGUGAAGAUGUUUAUCGUGUCAUAAAAGCAUUCGCAGUGAAAGGCGAGAGAAUAGGUCCUGAAGCAACAAGAUUUCUUCAGUUUUUGGUGAAAGAGUUUGAGCAUAAUGGAGUAAAACUAUCUCAAAACAAGAGAAAAGAAAUGGAGAAAUUGAAAUCUCAUAUAGAUGCAUUAAACCUGAAGUAUCUCCAAAAUUUGAAUGAUUUCACCAAAUUCCUUCUUUUAGGUGAGGAUGAGCUAGCUGGAAUGCCCUUUGAGUUCCUAAAGGAUCUGGAAAAGGCUGAUGGGAAGUUUAAGGUUCCGUUGACCAGUUACCAUGUUACUCCAAUUCUUGAGCACUGCAAGGUUGGCUCUACCAGGAAGCAGAUUGCUGUUGCUUAUGGACAGAAAGGUGGGAAGGAUAAUCUAGCCAUCCUAGAAAAUUUGGUUCAGCUAAGACACAAGUUUGCUAAAUUACUGGGGUACACCAACUAUGCUGAUUUUGCUAUUGAGCCCAGAAUGCCAAGGACUUCAAGGAAGGUCUUAGAGUUUUUGGAAGAGAUGUCUGAACAAUUAAGUGAUGUGGCUAAUAGAGAGCUCAGCAUACUCAAAGACCUCAAGAUCAAGGAGGAAGGAAAUGCUCAGUUUGGAAUGGAAGAUUUGUUGUACUACUUCAAAAGAGCUGAAGAAUUCAAGGUUGAUCUUGACAUUGGUGAAAUUAAACAAUACUUCCCUGUUAGCCUGGUCAUAUCUGGAAUGUUGAAGAUGUUUCAGGAUCUAUUUGCACUACGAUUCGACGAAAUUAAGGAUGUUGAUGUUUGGCAUGAUACAGUUCGUCUGUUUUCUGUUUGGGAUGCAAGUUCAAGUGAUCUUUUGGGUUACUUUUUUCUUGAUAUCUUUUCCAGGGAAGGAAAGUAUGCCCACACUUGCGUUGUGACACUUCAGAAUGGAUGCUUAUGUUCUAAUGGUACACGUAAGGUUCCGGCUGCUGUGAUAUUAUCUCAGUGUCCAAUAGAGUUUGAUGGUAAUUCAGCAUUGCUGCGGUUCCCUGAAGUCGUGAGGCUAUUCCAUGAAUUUAGCCAUGUGGUCCAUCACGUAUCCAACAGAGCCACCAUUUCAAGAUUUUCAGGUCUUCGACUGGAGGGUGACUUUGCUGAAAUUCCAAGCCUGCUACUCGAGAAUUGGUGCUAUGAGAGUAUUUCUCUGAAAAUGAUGUCCGGCUUCCAUCAGGACAUUACGAAAUCCAUAACCAGUGAAGCUUGCCAAUCUCUGAAAAGAAGGCGUGAUUUGUUUGCUGGCCUGAAAAUGAAACAAGAGAUACUUUUGUGCCUUGUUGAUCAGAUAAUACAUUCAAGUGAGAAUGUGGACAUUGAUGACUUAAUCAAGGAUCUUCACCCCAAGGUAAUGUUGGGCAUACCUUUAUUGGAAGGGACCAGUCCAGCUUCAAGUUUUCCUCGUAUUGCCUUUGGCUAUGAUGCUGUGUGCUACAGUUACAUAUGGAGUGAGGUGUUUGCUGCUGAUCUUUUUGUAUCAAAAUUUAAAGAUGACUUGCUCAAUCAGCAUGCUGGAUUGCAGUUCAGAAAUAAGGUGUUGGCUCCAGGAGGCUCAAAAGAUCCCCUGGAGAUAAUAACCGACUACCUAGGAAGAGAACCAUCAGUCCGACCUUUUAUUCAGAGCAGAACAAGGAAUAGUUUGUGA